AAUGAUUGUAUUAAAGUUACAAAACGCCAGUUAUAAAAGUGGUAAGAUGCUCUUAUAAUUUCAUUAAUUACGUUUGAAACAGAUGCCUGUACCAUGCACGCGUUAGGAACAAUUAUUUUGUUCUUAGGGAAUUUUCGAAUUAUUUUGGGCAUGAUGAAUUAUGAGAUCGAAUUCGAGCGUAUUGAAGGAAUUCCAGGUGAUGAGGAAACUUUAGUUGAAAACAUUGUUCGGUUAAGCAGAAGAGGUGAAGACUAUUUCCUCAAUGGCAGGUUGACAUAUCACGAUGAUCUUGGAGAAGAUGUACUACAUACGGUUACCACAACUUACAGCGCCGAUGGAAGUACCCUUUUUCGUACUCAUCCAUACACCGUUCAAAAAUCUUCCAUUUGUGAAUUUUUCAAAACUAUCUACAGACAAUACGGGCAGCCUUGGAUAAAGGGUCACACAGAUUUUCCGGAUGUACCUAAAGAAGGGAGAUGUCCUCUACCAAAGGGAAGCUGGUACAUAAAAGAUAUGUCAAUCCUGAAUGGAACUAUUUUACCAAUGCAUGCUCCCAAAGGCUUAUGGAAAAUGGUGCAGAAAAUUGAGAGAAAUGGAAAAAUAAUUGGAGGCUUGACAAUUCUGGCAAGAAUUUCGGUGAAAUUGGUUUAGAAUAUGUUUCGAAGUUUAUCAGGAUUGUAGAAAUAAAGCCACAUAAAGAUAUUGAAUAAAAGCAAUUUUUAAAAAUAAUAGC